AUGACGGAGCGCAUAGAAGGACUGUUAUUUGCCUCAUUGGCAAAGGCCCUGCCAGCGACUCCGGAAUGGACGUAUGGGAAGGACUUGACCGAGUUCUUUGAGAACCAUCUCGGAUCAGCCAUCCUGCAGGCCUUAUACGGCCCGCUGCUGGUCAGAAAAAACCCAGAGUUCAACCGCAACCUGUGGCGGUAUGAUAAACAAAUAAUGAAGCUUGCCACGCGCUUGCCAGCGUGGCUGAUCCCGAAAGCCUAUCGUUUGCGGGAUGAACUUCUCGAUGUUAUCAUGAAAUGGCAUCAACAGGCUGCUCUACUCUCGGAAACGAUGUCAAGCAGUAAAAUGGCUGGUGGAAGUGAAGUCGAUCCAUACUGGGGAUCGGCCAUGAUGCGCGAAAGAAACAAGAUGCUGUUGAACAUGGAAGGACAAGACGCCAAGUCGGCGGCAUCCACAGAUCUUGGCUUUAUCUGGGCCUCUGUUACCAAUGUUGUGCCAUCGACCAUGACCCUUUGUACUCACAUGUACCGUGAUUCCUCACUCGUCGAGGAUAUUCGUAUAGAGGUUCGGGAUUGCAUUCAGCCGGGGACCACCUCGCGGUUUGAUCUCAACAAGCUUGCGAAGCAGCAGUUUCUGCUCUCGAUGUAUGCUGAGACCUUGCGCUUUGGUGUACAAAUCCAUAUCCCUCGCUGCUCACCACACCAACCGCUUUCCGUGGCAGGAGCAACCAUCCAGCCGAAUAAAAUGAUCCUCAUAAACACAGGACUCGCGCAUUCCGACGAGUCAGUAUGGAACACACGAAAUGGACAGUAUCCGCUGGAUACCUUUUGGCCGCAGCGAUUCCUUGUUGAUCCAACAGACGAAAGUAGUGGGCCUUUACGAAAAGACUAUAUUCAGCCAUGUGUCUCGCCUUCUACGGAAGAGGACAAGAAGAUGAACAGCCAAGUUCCAACCUCAAGGCAAUUUACCUUAGAAGGGCUCGAGGGAAGCUGGAUACCUUAUGGAGGUGGACAACACGCAUGUCCGGGUCGGAAUCUAGCCAAACGUAUUAUAUUGCUCGCAAGCUCGAUGAUGGCUAUCAUGUUUGACAUCGAGCUACUAGCUCCCGACUCGUCCUUGCAGUUUGGUUCGCCCCGGUUUGGAUUUGGGGUCCGUAAGCCAUCCGCACAAGUGCCUUUUCGGAUCCGACGCCGACAACCAGUCAGUGAACAUUAG